AUGCGGCUGUGCUGCUCGGGGAAGGACGAGGCUGACUCGCUGCGGUCGGGACUGGAAAAUGGACUUACGAAAGAUCCAUUAGCAGGGAAAGAUAUAGAAAAAUUUGGAUUUUAUCAGAUGGUGAUGUUCGCAUUUCUUAGCAUACCGUUAAUACUAUCGGCAGGAUUUACGCUGUCUUACGUAUUUACUGCGGGCGAGGUUAAAUACAGAUGUUUAGUGCCGGAAUGCGAGUAUUCAGGGAACACGACGUUUGAACCGCUGUGGGUCAAUGCUUCCGCACCGAAAAUUGACGGGGUCAUUUCCGGUUGCACGCGUUACGUGGUGCGAGAUGAUCGCCCGGGCACAUGCACGGAAACAUCGUUCACCAACGUCACUCGCGAUUGCGAUUCUUGGAUUUACGAUCCGGACGAGCAUACGAUACUCAACGAGUGGGGCUUUACCUGCGACACUAAUCGAUGGAAACUCACAAUGGUGGGCACAAUGCAGAAUAUCGGUCAGUUCGUCGGCUUGAUGUUCGCUGGAUACAUAUCUGACAGGUAUGGGAGACGAACCUUUUUGACGGUGGCGACGUCUCUGUCUGGAGUCAGUGGCUUGAUACAUUCCUUCUCCGUGAAUUAUUGGAUGUUUCUCGCAUUCGAAUUCCUCGAUGCCAGCAUGGCGGCUGGAAUUUACAGCGCGGGAUUUAUUUUAGGGUUGGAGACGGCGGGAAAGAAAAACAGAGUCUUUGGAAGUACUAUAAUCUGCUGCAUGUUCGCCGCUGGUGAGAUUUUGCUAGGAUUGAUCGCGAGUUGGCUAAGAUCUUGGCGAACGCUACUUAGGGUAGUAUAUGGGCCGGCACUGUUAGCCGUCUUCCUGCCUCUGCUCAUUCCAGAAUCAAUUAGGUGGUUGCUGACAAAGGAUAAACAUAAGAAAGUGGAAGAAAUAUACCGUAAAAUGGCUCAAAUGAAUGGCUUGCCAGUAACGAACGAGGCCAUCAAUAUGUUUAAAGAAAUAAAUGUAGAUAAGAAAGGGACGAACAGCAAGCUGGUGGUAUCGGACGAAAGGAAACCGAUCGUGCAAGUUCUACAUAGUUCAGUGAUACUCAUUCGACUGCUGAUCUGCUCGUUCUGCUGGCUCACGAACACGUUCGUUUAUUACGGACUAUCGUUGAAUUCCGUGGCGUUCGCUGGAGAUAAGUACAUCAAUUUUGUGCUCGUCGCGGUGGUCGAGAUACCGGCGUAUUGCCUCGCUUGGGUGCUGACCGAUUACAUUGGCCGUAAACCAACGCUCUCCGGCUCAUUCCUGCUGAGCGGAGCGUUCUGCCUUGCAAUCCAGUUCGUACCGGCAGGAUCCUGGAGUUACGGGCCUUUACUUUUAUACAUGGCUGGAAAGUUGUGUAUCACCAUGGCGUUCGCUACCGUCUACGUCUUCACGGCGGAGCUGUUCCCGACGACGCUCAGACAUUCCCUGCUCGGAAUCUGCAGCAUGACAGGCCGUGUCGGGUCAAUUUUAUCGCCGCAAACGCCUCUUUUGGCGCAAAUAAUGCCGUCGCUACCGCUCAUCCUGUUCGGGUCCAUGGGCAUGAUCGCGGGCAUCCUGUCUCUGAUUUUCCCUGAAACUUUAGGGACGAAACUUCCGGAUACUGUGUGGGAGGCAGAGAGGAUCGGCAAGUCAAACGAGACUCGCGAAAUUCCGGAUAGUACGCCACACCAGAGAAGCACACCGUAG